ACUUAACUGUCUCUAAAUCAAAGUCCAAAAACCCAUUUACAAUUCACUCUAUUUCUGAAAAACGUGAGAAGAUAACAGUCGCAUCUGAUCGGUAACAAAAGCAAUGGAGGUCCGCAGAGAGAACCGCAACAUUCACGACAACCAGCGCCGCCGGUUGGCCAAACAGUUCGAACUGAAGCGCAACCUGUUCAAGGCUUUCCUCAGAGACCCAGAAAUUCCACCGGAGUUGAGAGAACAACAACAGUACAAGCUAGCCAAGUUGCCUCGAAACAGCUCCUUCACUCGCCUCAGGAACCGGUGCAUCUUCACUGGCCGAUCUCGUGGUGUGUACCAGGUCUUCCGUAUGUCUCGUAUUGUGUUUCGUGAACUUGCUUCCAAAGGUGCGCUUGCUGGCAUUAAGAAAGCUUCUUGGUAGACAAAAUAUGUUUUAAGUUUUUGGGUUUUGUUCUGUUAGAUUGAAAAAUAAAAUUUAUUUGGGCGUUUUUUGAACUGAAAUGCCUUUUUAUGUUGAUUUCUCAGAUGGGAUUUUUUGCUUUUUUUUUUUUAAAUGGAUAUGAGUUUUUGUUGUUUACAACUUGACAUGGAAUCAAAGGAAAUGUGCUCAUUGGAAAA